GGAAUAAAAAAAGAAGAGAGAGCCUGAGCUGAGGAAUCCAGUGGGAAGAGUAGUGAGAGAUUGGUGAGAGCUCAAGAGCUGAAGAGGGUCAAACUUCCCUGUUCAUCAAAGCAUCAAAGCAUUGCAAAAAUGGAAAGCAAUGGAAAGCAUGCAGCAGAAAGGUAUGCAGUGGUUACGGGAGCAAACAGGGGGAUUGGGCUUGAAACAGUGCGGCAACUGGCGUCUGAAGGCGUCACGGUUGUGUUGACAGCUAGAAAUGCCAAGAGGGGGAUGGAGGCCGCAUCGAAGCUCCACCAGUCGGGUUUGCCGAAUGUAGUUUUCCAUCAGCUUGAUGUUUUGGACGCCGUCAGCAUCGACAACUUGGCCAAGUUCAUCCGGGACAACUUUGGCAGGCUCGAUAUCUUGGUUAAUAAUGCUGGAGCUAGUGGGCUCAUAGUUGAUGAGGAAGGCCUAAGGGCCUUAAACAUAGAUCCCACAUCCUGGCUCUCAGGCGAGGCUUUCAGUUUGGUUCAAGGAGUGAUUAAACAAACUUAUGAGAAGGCAGAAGAAUGCUUGAAUACUAAUUACUAUGGUGUGAAAAAAGUCACAGAGGCUCUCCUCCCACUAUUGCAGCUUUCCCCUGCAGGAGCAAGGAUAGUGAAUGUGUCCUCUCUCAGAAGUGAGCUCAAGAGGAUUCCAAGUGAGCAAAUAAGAAAAGAACUAGGUGACAUAGAGACUCUAACAGAAGAGAAAGUGGAUGCGGUUCUAAGAAGAUUUUUGCAUGACUUGAAAGAAAAUGCUCUUGAAAUCAAUGGAUGGACGUUGAUGCUGCCUGCUUAUAGCAUCUCCAAGCAGACCCUCAAUGCCUACACUAGAAUUCUUGCCAAAAAGUACCCUAACAUGUGCAUCAACUGCGUUCAUCCUGGCUAUGUCAAGACGGAUCUGAACUGGAACACAGGAACAAUGACUUUAGAAGAGGGGGCUAGAGGCUCAGUCAUGCUCUCUCUUUUACCUGAUGGAGGCCCUACAGGACACUACUUUGAUCGUACUCAAGUGGCCGAGUUUUGAUUUCGCCAGUUCAUCCUACAGAAAGCUACUGCUAUUUACUUCUGUUUCUGUCAACAAACUCUGGAAGACAAAAAUAAAUUUAGAGGCGCCUUGUGGUUUGCAUGUUUAUAGAAUCUAUCCCUGUUAUUUGAAUUUUAUAGAAUGGAUUCUUGUGCUUAAUUUGUUUCUAUAUAAAAAUGGUCAUUCCGUUUGCAUU